AUGGAGGCAGCAGCAUGGGGUGAGGAGCCGGCGGUGGUGCUUGACAAUGGGAGCGGAAACAUCAAGUGCGGCUUCGCUUGGGAGGAGGUCCCGCGAUGCGUGUUCCCAAGUGUCGUUGGAGCCCCAACGAGGAACAGGAGCAACAACCCACGCGUAUAUGUGGGGGACGAAGCCUUGCAGGAGAAGGGACUGUGUUAUUUUUAUCCAAUUGAGCACGGCAUUGUUCUUGACUGGGAUCAGAUGGAGCGUGUCUGGCGACAUGCGUAUGAGCAGCUGCGUGUGCCGGCGGAGCGCCAGGCCGUGCUGUUGACGGAGGCGCCGCUGAAUCCUACCGCCAACCGUGAGAAGAUGGCGGAGGUUCUCUUUGAGUCCUUUGGCGUGCCGGCGCUUCACGUGCAAAUUCAGGCAGUGCUCACGCUGUACUCCGCUGGCCGCACCGACGGGCUUGUAUUGGACAGCGGCGACGGUGUAACGCACCUCGUGCCCAUAUUUGAAGGUCAGACGAUGCCGCAAUCGGUGCGCCGACUGGAACUUGCUGGUCGUGAUCUGACAGAGUGGAUGAUGGAGCUACUUAGCGACGAGCUUGGCCGCCCCUUCACGACCUCCACCGACCGUGAGGUGGUGCGGCAAGUGAAGGAGCGUCUCUGCUACAUAUCGUUUUCCUUAGAAGAGGAACUAGCGGCGGCAGAGGCGGAGGCCGGCGACGAGUGUGGAAAAAAAGGUGAACCGUUCACGCUACCAGAUGGUGAGGUGAUUCAUGUUGGCCGCUCGCGGUUUUGUUGCCCUGAACUUCUCUUCAACCCGGCAUUGGCUGAGAGGCCGUAUGAGGGCAUUCCAUGCACCAUAAUGAAUUGUGUCAACUCCUGCCCUAUCGAUUUGCGCCGCCGGCUUCUUGGCAGUGUCGUUCUGUCCGGCGGCAACACGAUGUUUAAAGGAAUGCAGCAGCGCUUGCAGUCAGAGCUGGCAGCCUUGGCAAACAAACGUGCGGCCGAAGACGUCCGCGUGGUGGCGGCGAACGAGCGAAAGUUUAGUGUGUGGAUAGGCGCUGCAAUUCUCGCCAGCUUGACCUCUUUUGCCUCAGAGUGGGUGACGAAGGCGGAGUACGACGAACAGGGGGCCGCCAUUCUCCACAGGCGGUGCGACUCCCUCACCUUCGUGUCUAGGUAG